AUGGGUAACGAACAAACGAAAGAAGAAGAAAAGCACGAGACUGUAGUGCUUCGCAAUCCACAAGUAGGGGAAGCAAGUCCACUAUACUGGGCGUGUCGUGGUGGGGAUCUCGACGCUGUGAAUGAGAUUCUGUCUUCCACACCCUUCUCUGACAUUAAUCGUCUCGAACCCAAUGGAAGUACAGCUCUCCAUGCAGCCUCCUUCUUUGGCCACACGGACGUCGUUCGAUUCUUAGUACAAGAAAGGGGCAUCAUCCGUCAUCGGAAGAACCGUCACGGCCUCACUGCCUAUCAAGAAGCUCCCACAAAAGAAAUACGUCGUCUCUUUCAUCGACCAUCAUCUGUGAACAGAUUUGUCGAGGAGAACAGUGAUGCUCCACCACAGUUUAUCUUUACUAAGGAUAACAAAGAAGAAGACGAGGGCGAAGAGGAAGAAGACUCACCAGAUGGUUGGGUACAGGGAGACAAUUCUACGGCUACAACGCACACCUAA